CCUGCCAGUGACCAACAGUGUCACCAACUGAACUUGGUUGGUUUCUUUCCAUCAAACUUGCAAGCAGGCCUUGUCACUUUUCGCGUUGUUCGCCUUUCGAAUAUCGCUCUGCUCUGAUGGUUACCCGAGCUCAUUUCUUCUUCGCUUAUCUUCUCUGGUCAAUCCUUCAAAGCUCCGUCAGUUCUUCAGAUUCUAUCUUGUCUUCUCGGGAUGUAGCUGUCGACGGAACAUAUGGCUCCUACUCUUUUGAUGCCUCAAAUACCUCUUAUCAAGAUACAGAGCUGGACAACAACAAUCAAACUGAAUCAUCCCAAACUUUCUCGGUACCUACUGGAUUCACUUCGAAGCUAGCAGAUCCCGGACUUUCCAAUACGCCAUUUUGUGAAGACCCUCUAUGUUCGCAGCCAAAGUUUCCUUCGUUCGAUUGUCAAAAGGCGAACAUAUACCGUUAUCGACGACAAUUUUCUGUCAAUUUGGGCUCAUGGUUCGUUCACGAGCAAUGGAUGACACCCUCUGUGUUCGAGCAGGCUUCUGGAAAACAGAUAUCUGAAUAUGACAUUGCGUCUGGCUGCGACUCACUGGCUGAUGCUCAGUCACUUCUGGAACAACACUGGGACACAUUCAUUACCGAGGAUGAUUUCGAGUAUAUUGCGAGUCUGGGAAUCAACACAGUGCGCUUACCGAUAGGAUAUUGGUCUCUCGGGCCGAAUUUUUGUGUGGAUACUCCCUUUUCCCAGUUCUCGAAGGUCUAUGAGAAUGCGUGGUCUCGAAUCAUACAGGCGUUUGAAUGGGCGUUACGGUAUGGCAUCGGCAUCCUGCUUGAUCUACAUGGAGCUCCAGGAAGCCAAAAUGGGCAACCGCAUUCUGGUAUUUCUGAUGGGCAGACGAGGAUGUUUUCUGAGCCAGAUAAUUGGGCAAAGACACAGGAUAUUUUGGUAUUUCUUGCAGAACAACUUUGCAACGUAACCAAUCUCGUUGGCAUAGAACUUCUCAACGAACCCGCGGAUAGUGACGACCUAGUUCGCUUUUAUACAGAGACGAUAGAUAUGAUAAGAAACAUAUCUUCAUGUACCGCAAUACUUCCCCUCUACAUCCACGAUGGGUUCGAUCUUGGCCGCUACAGUGAUUUCGUCUCUCAAAGAAGCGAUUUCGUCGUGCAAGACAGUCAUCAGUACUUUGUUUAUACACCCUCGGACGCCUCCGAACCUGCUUCGUCUCACACGGCUGACAUCAAAGCACAAGUACACGACAUUCUCUCCAACGCUUCCUACCACGAACAUGCAAACCUUUACGUCGGAGAAUGGUCCUGUGCGCUAACUCCGGAAAGCCUUGGGAACGAAGACGAUCCAAACUCGUCUCGGAGAAACUUCUGCACUGCACAAAUGGAAGCUUUUAACGAUGCUGUCUCAGGAUGGUCAUUUUGGUCUUACAAGAAAGAGAAUUGCAUGGAUGAUCGAGGAUGGUGUUUUCGAGCUGCCGUCGGGACCUGUCUACCGUCAAAUUUCUUUCCUUUUUGCAACGAGCCCUUGACGGAUCAACUUGUCCAGUCAGUCGAGGGCAUACUAUCACAUACAACACAUGAAAUGAACUUCCCCGGACGUGACCUUACGCAAAACCAAACGGAGACUAUGGCUCAAGAUAUCUCGCAAUACGACUGUUCCGCACCUGGUAGCGGUCAGGGAGAUGAUGCAAAAACUGGAUUUUGCGACGGUAUAGCGACGGCACAGGAAUUCGCUAUGCAUGACUCCAAACUUGGCUACGUUCAGCAAUACAUCACGGACUUGUUUGGAAGGAGCAAGAGUGAUAUCUAUCGCACAUCAUUCGUGGGAGGGCUUUUGGCUGGGGAACAGAUGGUGUCAGACCAAUGUCCACUUUGAAGGAAAGACGCAUUUUUUACUGCAAGAUAUACAGUGAGGGUUUGUCGCGACGGGAUAUUUUACUGUUGAAUUGUCG